AGAGGAAAGGGAGGUCUCUAAUGGCUUCCGGUUCAGCGGUUAGUGUGUGUUUUGUUUUGGUUUUGAUCAGUGUAAGCAGUGAAGGGUCUAGGCACGGCGGUGAGCGAAGCCACCUUCGGCAAGAAGCUGAUAGGGUGGCGGAGCUUCCGGGUCAGCCGCCGGUGGAGUUCGAGCACUAUGCAGGGUACGUUACGGUGAACGAGAGUCACGGUCGAGCCCUGUUUUAUUGGUUCUUUGAAGCCACGAGCAAACCUGAGAAACGCCCUCUCCUGCUGUGGCUCAAUGGAGGUCCUGGAUGUUCAUCCGUUGGAUAUGGACUAGCUGAGGAGCUGGGGCCCUUCUUCCCUCAGAAAGAUGAACAGACCCUAAAGCUUAACCCUCAUAGAUGGAACAAAGCUGCCAAUUUAUUGUUCGUUGAAUCCCCCGUUGGUGUUGGGUUUUCUUAUACCAACACAAGAAGUGAUAUCAAUCAGCUUGGUGAUAAAAUCACAGCUGAGGAUUCCUACACGUUUCUAGUCAAUUGGUUCAACAGAUUCCCACAGUUCAAGUCCCAUGACUUCUACAUUGCUGGUGAAAGCUAUGCUGGGCACUAUGUCCCCCAGCUAGCUGAGCUGAUUAUUGACAAUAACAUGCAUGCUUCCAAGUGGGAUUACAUUAAUUUUAAGGGAAUUAUGAUUGGGAAUGCAUUGAUGGACGAUGAAACGGAUCAAAAAGGAAUGGUGGAUUAUGCAUGGGAUCAUGCAGUGAUCUCCGAUGAAGUUUACAACAACAUCAAACUCAAAUGUAAUUUCAGCACUCCGAAGCCCAACGGCGACUGCGACAAAGCCCUCAACGACUACUUCGACGUCUAUAAAAUCAUCGAUAUGUACAGCUUGUAUUCUCCCACUUGUGUUAGUAACUCCAGCACCAGUAACAAUCGACGACAACGGCCGGUGAUUCAAGGCAUCGCCCCACAGUUAUUUUCUAGAUUCGACGGAUGGCACAGGACACCAGCGGGGUACGACCCUUGUCUAUCGGACUACACCGAGGUUUAUUUCAACAGGCCCGAUGUUCAAAAAGCACUUCAUGCUAACGUUACCAACAUGUCCUAUCCAUGGACUCAUUGCAGUGACCUUAUACAACUCUGGGGAGAUGCACCAUCUUCCAUGCUUCCCACAAUCAAAAAGCUCAUAGCCGGCGGCAUCCGCGUUUGGGUUUUCAGUGGAGAUAACGACGGGAGAAUUCCGGUGACUGCAACCAGAUUAACCCUAAACAAGCUAGGGUUGAAAACAAAACAAGAAUGGACACCUUGGUACACCAACCACAAACAGGUUGGUGGGUGGACGAUUGAAUACGAAGGGCUUAUGUUUGUGACCAUACGAGGAGCUGGUCAUCAAGUUCCAACUUAUAAACCCACACAGGCACUUCAACUGGUCAGGCAUUUCUUGGCCAAUAAGAAACUGCCAUCUAAACCAUUUUAGACAUUGUUGCAUGCUUUCUUUUCUUUUUUAUUUUUACAGGCAAAUGGAUUUGAACAAACUCUAGUUGUCAUCAGUUCUUAUGUAUUUACAGGAAG